GUCCCCGCCGGGGAGCGCUCGGUGCGCAUGCGCCCUCCCCGUCCCGCCUCCGAGACUUCCGCUUCCGGGUGUACCGGCACGGCGCGCACCGGGCGGCGCGGGCGGAACGGGGCUCGGGGUCAGAGGGCAAAGCCCCGCCAUGUUCCGGGCGCUGCUGCCCGUGCGCUGCCUGCUGCCCCCCCGCCGCCCGCCCGCCGCCGCCCCCCCGCGCCGAGGCCUGCGGGGCCGGGACCCCACGAGGGACGGGGGGCUGCCGCUGGGCCGGCGCGUGGCGGCGGUGGCGGCGGCGGGCGCGGCGGCGGGGGCGGGCUGGCUGUACCUGCGGCAGGAGAAGGAGCGGCGGCGGCGGGCGCGGCGGCGGGAGGAGCUGCGGGCGCUGGCGCUGGGCCAGGGCGACUUCGCGCUGCUGGACCAGGAGGGGCGGCCGCGGCGCAAGGCCGAUUUCCUCGGGCGGUGGGUGCUGCUCUACUUCGGCUUCACCCACUGCCCCGACGUCUGCCCCGAGGAGCUGGAGAAGCUGUGCCGGGCCGUGGCGCUGCUGGAGCGGGAGCCGGGCCUGCCGCCCGUCCAGCCCCUCUUCAUCACCGUCGACCCCGAGCGCGACGACGUGGCGGCCGUGGGGCGCUACGUCCGCGAUUUCCACCCCCGGCUGCUGGGGCUGACCGGCAGCCCCGAGGAGGUGCGGGCGGCCGGCAGGGCCUAUCGCGUCUACGCCAGCGCCGGCCCCAAGGACGAGGACGGCGACUACGUGGUGGAUCACACCGUCCUCAUCUACCUGCUGGGCCCCGACGGGCUCUUCCUCGACUACUACGGGCGCAGCAAGACGGAUGCCCAGAUCGCCCAGAGCGUCCGCCGGCACAUGGAGACCUACGAGCCCGUGCAAUAAACACCCCUGCGCCCCCCCCCCCCCCAACGCCUCCUGC